AUGAAAUCUUUCGCUUCCGCCUCUCUUCUGACUCUCAUCUCUUUGGCUUUGGCCGCGCCCGUGGAACAAUCAACUGACGCUACUACCGCCGCUACCAUCUCCGUCUCUUACGACCAGAAAUACGAUGUUGCCGGCAGCUCCCUCACCACCGUCGCCUGCUCUGACGGCGUGUACGGCCUUAUCAGUCGAGGCUAUAGCACCUUCGGCUCCCUCCCGAACUUCCCUAACAUUGGAGGCGCCCCUACUAUCCCCGGUUGGAAUUCCCCCAACUGCGGAAAGUGCUAUCAGCUCCAUUACAAGGCCGGCAACGUCGACAAGUCCAUCUAUGUGCUUGGCGUUGAUGCGGCGCCCGGUGGCUUCAACAUCGGCCUGCAGGCUAUGAACACUCUGACGAACGGAUUAGCCGAGCAGUUGGGUAGAGUCAAUGUGGAGUACACUGAGGUCGCCGGGUCGAACUGCGGACUCCCUUAA